AUGAUCUCUUCCAGCGUACUCGUUUGUUUGACUCCAUUGUUUAUUGACGGAUUCAUGGCCUUGAAGGUCACUAGUCCCUGCCGGACUUCGACAUGGAACUUACAAAACCCCAACACUGUUACUUGGACCUCAGUUGCCACUGAUCCCAAGAAAUUUGACAUCGUACUCGUCAACAAUAAUCCCAAGUGCGCACCCACUGCAAUGAGCCAGGUCAUCAAGCAGGGUGUCUCUUGUUCCGACGGGAAGUUUGACAUCAGUGGCAUUUCACCAGUCAAGCCUUGUGGCGACUAUCAGAUCAACCUAGUGGCUGUAGACGCAGCGGACAGCUAUAGUUCCGGUAUCUUGGCCCAAUCGGCCCCUUUCACCGUCACGCCAGCAUCCACUCCAGCUACUGCUCAAGCCAGCGUGGCACACUCAGACACCACUAAGCAGCCGCCAGCCGCCGGAGGGAGCUCGACCCCAAACACUCCUCCGGCUAGCCAAUCGUCCGCUGACGUUGCCCCAAACCCGUCGAUUUCUUCCGCAACAUCGAAGUCUUCAGGUCCUGGAUCAUCACCACCUGUUGGACCUUCUCCCUUGAACAAUGCGACCGCGGCUGCUGAUAGUGCUGGCUCCUUCGCCUCAACAAGUAUAAUAUCUUUCCAGAAGAUUAUAGCGGCUGCAUUUCUGCCUGUAUCUGUACUUUUUAUGGCAUGA